GGCAGAACCCAAGAUACAGAAGAGAGACAGAGGCAAUAGCUACCUAGCUAGUGAAGAGUGACGUGCCAUGUCGAAGCGGGUAGCAGGCAAGCAAAUCACUAAAGAACUCUACGGCCAAGAAGAGGAGAAUGAGCGGGAUAAAGUCGAUCCUGUCGAGACUGCAUCUGCUGAAGUUCUCGCAACGAGGAAAAUAGCCAUGCCACGAUCACGGAAGAAGGCAGAGGUGCCUGCUGAAAGUGCGGUAGAGUCUGCGAAUGGGUCUCUCGGUCAGAGUGAAUCUUCUGGUGGCGAGGCUCCAAAAUCGACAGAGGCCAAGGCGAAUCCAUUUGCGAGUAUAGGGACCACGCCAUCAAAUCCAUUCGGCGGCAUCAAAACCGGGUCUGCAUUUGGGUUUGGUGGUGGUACAAAUACGUCGACAUCGGGCUUUAGCUUUGGUGCUGGCGAGAAGGCUGCUGCGAAAGAAUCAGAGCAGCCAUCAAGCACACCAGCAUUCUCAUUUGGCAAGGGUCAGUCUACACAAGCACCUGCAGCAGCACCGGCGACCUCCACGUCUGCCUUUGGCUUUGGCGCAAUGAAGCCCUUGGACAGCGUUGCAGAAAAGCCGGCGAAUGACACUGCGGAAGAAGGAUCCAGUGAAGAAUCCAGUGAGUACAAGCGCCUCUUGCGAGCGCGAUCGCUCAAUGUCGCUUUCCAGCAAGCGGUGAACAAAAUUCUCGAGGCCGAUGCCUUUGCAGAUCUGUCAGUCGUCUUGAAGGAGUACCAAUCCCACAAGUCAGCAGAAAGUGAUGUUUCCAUCAAGCCGGCAGAAGCAAAGAGCGACGGCACGGGGCUGUAUCCGCAAUUUACAAAAUCAGAUGAGCAACUGGAAGCGAAACAGAGUGCGACGCCAGCAUUCAGUUUCGGUGCGUCGAAUGGAUCGAGUGAGGCGCCCAAGCCGGCACCUGCUUUCAGCUUCAAGCCAGCAGAGUCCACAACACAAAAAUCAGAGAGCACCGAAGUGCCCAAAGCAUCGGCCUUCAAAUUUCAGCCUGCAGCAUCUACUGAAACGCCAAAGAAGACAAGUGAAGGGGGUGCUGACUUUACUUGGACACCUGACAAGGGUGUCAAAUUUGGCGGUGCAGAGGAUACCGCAAUAGCAGCAACCAGCAGCAGUUCGUUCAAAUUUUCAAAUCCGCUACCCUCACCGAGUCAAAUGACCACUGGCAACGACGAUAGCAGCAAAUCUGCUACAUCCUUCAAUUUCAGCAAACCAACCACUGGCUUUUCUUUUGGUCAAGCGAGCGAAGCGCCGCCUGCAUCAACCAAGACGCCGACCUUUAACUUUGCUUCAAGCGGCUCUUCUUCCUCUUUAUUUGGCAAGACACCGGCGCCAUCUUCGAAUGCGACGCCAUCCUUUAGUUUUGGAUUGAAAGCUGCAGAAGCACCAAAGCCAGAGGCUAAAGCAGCAGCGACAGAGGAGGGCGAUGCCGAAGCAGAGGAAGAUGCAGAUGCAGAGGAGGCACCAGAAGAGCCACGGACAGAUAUUACACAGGGUGCUGGUGAGGAAGAUGAAGAAGCCUUGUGGCAAGAAGAUGGUAAAAUCUUUAGGUUUGUCGUUCCGGCAGAUGCCCCAGGUGAAGGCCGGUUCGUGGACUUGGGCAAAUGCAACAUCAAACUCAACAAGAACAAGACGACUGGCAAGUGUCGAUUGAUUGCACGGGCUGAGGGUGCUGGUGCGAUUCGGAUGAAUGCACGGCUGUAUCCGCAUUUCCGGUAUACGCUUGAGCAGAAGGCGUCUAUCAAGGUGAGUGUGAUGAAUGCGGACAAUAAAACUGAGAAUUGGCUGGUGAGAGUCAAGGAGCCGGCCAAGGCCAAGUUGCUGAUUGAGUUGUGUGAUGAGCACAAAAAGAGCUAGAGCGCUAGCCCUUGUAAGUAAUUCCUGCAUCCAUGCAAUUGUUC